ACUAAAUUGAUUUGAAUGGAACUGACAAAAGCUCGUAGAAAUAUAUGUCUGAGCCCGGGUUCGAACCAGGGACCUCUAGUGUGUGAGACUAGCGUGAUAACCAACUACACCACCCAGACCUUGCUGUUUCUCAUCAUUAUAAAACACAAAGAAGUAGGCCGCAUACAGAUUCUUAUCUUGUUGAGUUCGUUAAAUCGCCCGAGUUCUGCGUCUGCUGCAUCAUCUGCAGUAGCAAUGGCUAAAACCAAAUUGAAACGGCGAAAGCUGGUGAAGAAGUCCGCCGCCGAUACAACUCCCAAAAUCGAGAAAAAGCUCAAGAAGCAGAAGAAGAAAACCAAGCUCUCCAAAUCUGGCUCCGAUUCAGACUCCGACCCCAAUACCAAGAUCCAAACCCUACUCGAACCCUUCUCCAAGGAUCAGCUCAUCACUCUCGUCUCCGACCUCUCUUUAUCUCACGCUUCCCUUUUCUCCCUCCUCAAGUCCGCCGCCGACCGGGAUAUCUCACACCGCAAGAUUUUUGUCCACGGUCUCGCUUGGGAUUCCACCCGCCAAUCUAUUGAGUCGGUUUUUGGGGCUUAUGGUGAGAUUGAGGAACUUAACGUGGUGAAUGACCGCAAUACAGGGAAAUGUAAGGGCUACGCUUUUAUUACCUUCAAAACCCGGAAAUCUGCUAAGAAGUUGUUGAAAAACCCUAGGGUUAGAGUUGCGAAUCGUAUAACCUCGUGCCAGCUGGCGUCUGAGGGCCCUGCAGCACCGGGUGCCGGCGGAAUAGUUUCGCAGCAGCAUUUCUCGUCGUCGGAUUAUCCGCAACGGAAGAUUUAUGUGAGUAAUGUGCCGGUCAAUGCGAGCGCGGAGAAGUUGAGGGGUUUCUUCGAGAAAUUUGGAGAGAUUGAGAAUGGGCCGAAGGGGUUAGACCCCACUACUGGGAAAUUUAAAGGGUACGCCAUUUUCGUGUUUAAGACUGUGGAAGGAGCAAGGAGUGUUUUGGAGGAGCCGUAUAAGAUGUUUGAAGGUAAUCAAUUGCAUUGUCAGAAGGCGGCCGAGGGGAAAAAUAAAGUGGCUGGUGGGUCUGCGUCUAUUACGACUGCGUUGCAGCCGGUCCAGCCCCAGAUGCUGGCUGCAGUGGCUGCAGCGCAGCAGGUGCAGAACAUGGCUCUGUUGGGGCAGCAAACAGGAAUGGUUAAUCCUUUGUACGGUGGUGGGAUGAUUGCGAAUACAAACUUGGGUGCAUUAAUGGGAGGUUAUUAUGGGAUGAUGGGGGGUCAGAUACCAGGCUUGGGUUUAAGUGCAUAUGGUGUUUCCGGUGCCAGUGAUGGUGGGACGAGUGGGGCAAUGCUUCAAGGGUUGCAAUAUAUGUACCCAAGUGGACAGAAUGGGCAAAGUUCUUCAUCCUUAGCUAAGGCUUCUGGGACUAGUGGAAGAGGCUACUCUCCCAGUUUAUGAGAAAUGACAACAGAGAUGGAUGAACAACAUUUAAGUUGCUAAUCACUGUGAACAAGGGAGUAAUUAUCGAGCGAUUGACUUCCCACAAGUGAGAGCAGUAGAAGAUGUUUCACCUCAGUCUCUUCAUUCCUAUACCCACCGUUAUUGAUCAAUUCUCAAUGGUGAAAUGUUAAUCCUGGUUUUAAACUGUUCGUGAGCUUGCAUUAGCAGUAUGUGCCUCUUCCUGUGCUUAUCCUUUUCAUUUUCUGGUGGUAUGUCGUGUAAUUUCAGAUAUAUGUUUGCUAGUUUCUCCCUAAUGUUUGAUAGAUAAACAAAAUAUUUUGUAAGAUGUUUAAAAACUAAAAGGUUAAAAGGAUGUUGCAUUGGCUGAUGGGAUAAUCCUUGCUUUUGGUAGACAGCAUAAGCUGUAGACAAGAAUUUUUCUCCGGGAGGAACAAAGCCUUGUACCAUGUGAUUUGUGUUAGCGGGACAAAAUAGUUGCUGAGUUAUAUCAUCUCUUGACAUUGCCGCAGGCAGACGUGGGUUCUACAGCACUAACGAACGACAACGCAACAGUAAAACAACAUUAAUCCUAAACAACCUCCUCCUCGACAACUCAUAGUAAAAAGGUAUUAAUGUUAGACAAAUUCAGUCAUAAAGCAAGACCCGGAGGAGGUGUACAUGUCAUCUAGAUUCA